AAUUGUAGCAUCUUAAGACGUGAAUUGCGCUCUGUGUGUGGAAAACGUGAGACAGGCCGGUGGAGAGCUUCUGAACAUAACCCAAGUAAAGUGGAAGGAGAUCGCUAAGGGAUGGACGGUAAAAAAGAAGGUAAAGGCAAGGGAGAGCUGAUCAUGGCAGCAGAUAAACUAGAGGGAUUCCCCUUCAUGGAGAGCCCACUCCCCAAGGCGGUGAAGAGGCGCGUUCACGCCCUGAAGAGACUGCAGCUGCAGUACGCACACACAGAAGCCAAAUUCUACCAGGAAGUGCACGAGCUGGAGAGGAAAUACGCAGCCCUGUACCAGCCCCUAUACGAGAAGAGGCGGAGCGUGGUGACUGGAGCAGUGGAGCCCACAGAUGAGGAGUGCGAAUGGCAGAGUGAAGACGAGGACCUGACGGAGGGUCUGAAGAAGAAGGCUGUGCUGGAGGAGAAGGCUGAGGAGGGAGACGGCACCAAAGGCAUUCCAGAAUUCUGGCUCACCAUCUUCCGCACCGUCCCCAUGCUCUGUGAAAUGUUGCAGGAGCAUGAUGAGCCAAUCCUAAAGCAUCUCCAAGACAUCACUGUGAAGUUCUCAGAAGCCGACCAGCCAAUGAGCUUCAUCCUGGAGUUCCAUUUCGAGCCAAACAGCUUCUUCAGUAAUACAGUGCUCACUAAACUGUACAAGAUGAAGGCCGAGCCGGAUGAUAACGACCCUUUCUCAUUCGAGGGCACAGAGAUCAUCGACUGUGAGGGCUGUACUAUCAACUGGAACAAGGGGAAGGAUGUGACCAUGAAGAUUAUUAAGAAGAAGCAGAAGCAUAAGGGGCGGGGCACCACGCGCACCAUCACCAAGACCAUCCCCCAGGACUCCUUCUUUAACUUCUUCAACCCCAUCAAAGAUACAUCAGGAGAUGGUGAAGUGGAUGAGGAUCUGGACCUGAGGCUGACUGCAGACUUUGAGAUCGGCCACCUGUUCCGGGACCGGAUAGUGCCCAGAGCGGUGCUCUACUUCACUGGGGAGGCCCUGGAGGACGACAUGAGCAUGGAUGAGGAGGAAUACGAAGAGGGAGAUGAGGAGCUGGAUGAGGAAGGCGAUGAAGAUGACGAGGAUGACUACGAUGGAAAGGCGUAGGCCUCUCCCCCCCUCCCACAUGCUCGUGUGUCUAGGCAGUGGAGCCCCAGCCCCAGGAGUGCAAGCAGCAGUGAGAUUGUGAUUGGACAGCAGAGCCGUCCAUCAACAUGCCCCCCAUCCCCAUCUCCCCU